AUGGCGGAGACAAAAAUAAUUUACCAUAUCGAUGAAGAGGAGACCCCUUAUUUGGUGAAAUUGCCUGUUUCUCCGGAAAAAGUCACUUUGGCGGAUUUUAAAAAUGUCCUCAGCAACCGGCCGGUGCAUAGCUACAAAUUUUUCUUCAAGUCGAUGGACCAGGAUUUUGGGGUGGUAAAGGAAGAGAUCUCGGAUGACAACGCAAAGCUCCCGUGUUUCAACGGACGUGUCGUGUCCUGGCUGGUCUUGGCCGAGAGCUCCCAUUCAGAUGGCGGAUCGCAGUGCGCAGAAAGCCACGCGGAUCUUCCUCCUCCCCUUGAGCGAACCGGAGGCAUCGGAGACUCUCGCCCGCCUUCCUUUCACCCAAACGCCUCAAGCAGCCGAGAUGGGCUGGACAACGAAACAGGAACCGAGUCAGUUGUCAGCCACCGGCGGGAUCGUCACCGGCGGAGGAACCGAGAAGAAGUCUCUCGCAUCAAUGGGCAUCCGAAACUUGACCGACUCUGGGAGCCUCCACCCGGUUACGAUAGCUCCUCCACUGUGAUGAGCAGCGAACUCGAAUCCAGCAGCUUUGUGGACUCAGACAAUGAGGAAAACACCAGCAGGCUGAGUAGCUCCACGGAGCAGAGCACGUCGUCCCGUCUGAUUCGCAAGCACAAGCGCCGGCGAAGGAAACAUAAAAUGCGACAGAUCGACCGGUCGUCCUCCUUCAGCAGCAUCACCGAUUCCACCAUGUCCCUCAACAUCAUCACUGUUACGCUCAACAUGGAAAAAUACAAUUUUCUGGGAAUAAGCAUCGUAGGACAGAGCAACGACAGGGGAGACGGCGGCAUUUACAUCGGCUCCAUCAUGAAGGGCGGGGCAGUGGCGGCGGAUGGGCGGAUUGAGCCAGGCGACAUGCUUUUACAGGUGAAUGAGGUGAACUUCGAGAACAUGAGCAAUGACGAUGCCGUGAGGGUUUUACGGGAAAUUGUCUCCAAGCCCGGACCCAUCAGCCUAACAGUGGCCAAAUGCUGGGAUCCUACCCCCAGGAGUUACUUCACAAUCCCCAGGGCUGAGCCAGUGCGGCCGAUCGACCCCGCAGCCUGGAUUUCUCAUACCACGGCUUUGACGGGAGCAUACCCCCGUUACGAGCUGGACGAGACCCCCUUGACGGUGAAAAGCGACAUGGCCACCAUUGUCAAAGUGAUGCAGUUACCAGAUUCGGGGCUGGAAAUUCGGGACCGGAUGUGGUUAAAAAUCACCAUCUCCAACGCAGUGAUUGGAGCAGAUGUCGUUGAUUGGCUUUACGCCCACGUGGAGGAUUUUAAAGACAGACAUAUGGCUGCAAUGAACCUCAACAACGGUUCCAGCGGGGCUUCUGACCAAGACACCCUGGGGCCCCUCCCGCACCCCUCCACCCCUUGGCCACUGGGGCAAGGUUAUCCUUACCAGUAUCCCCUCGCCCCUCCAUGUUUCCCACCAGCCUACCAGGACCCCGGCUUCAGCUAUGGCAGCGGAAGUGCGGGAAGCCAGCACAGUGAAGGAAGCAAAAGUAGCGGCUCUAACCGAAGCAACAGCGAGAACAGCCGGCGGCGCGAGAAGGACCGCAAGUCAGCCGGCGGCGGCAGCAGCAGCGGGUCGGACCCAGCCACCUGGAGCGGGGGUGGGGGGAGCGUCCUGCGGCACGAGAGGCCCCCCAGCCAGCUUAGCCACCGCAGCCACGUCUCGGCCACCCUCAGCCAGAGAAGUCCUCGCAGCCACCACUCUUACGGCCCCCCGGGAGGGCUGCCUUCUCUGGGGAACUUUGCCAAGCUGGGAGGCAAAGUCUAUGCCAUCAGCGGGCCGCCCGGAGGGCCCCCCGUGCGAGAACUUGGCUCCGUCCCUCCUGAACUGACUGGGAGCCGCCAGUCCUUCCAGAAAGCCAUGGGCAACCCGUGCGAAUUCUUCGUGGACAUCAUGUGA